AUGGAAAAGGCGGCAGGCUGCAGCACGACAACCAUAGUUGAGCUUGGAUACAUAGCGUUGGCUGGCAAUCUGCUCCAAUUCGCUGAACUUGGUGUCAAAUUAGUUCGCGGCGCCCUGGAGCGGUACAAGUCUGCCGAUGGCUCGACUAUUCAUGAUGAGAUAUUGAUAGCCGAUGCCCGGCGUCUGAGACAUCUUGCAGGUGUUAUCCUGAACAAUGAGUCAGAUGCAACAAAGACAACAGAAAGUCCGAUACUGCGCUCCAUUGCUCAGAGAUGCACUGAGGAUGCUGCUGUCUUGAUUGAGAUCCUCGACGCAUUGAAGGUGGAUACAACUCCAGGCCAGAACUUAUACGUAAGGAAGUUACAGAGCUUUGAGCAAGCACUAAAGCCACAAAAAGAUAUUCAAUCCCUUUUCAGAAGAUUAGAAGAUCAGAACAACAGCCUCGAGGCUAAGGCCACCGCCAAACUGGACGACAUCGUUAGGCGAAUUGACAAGACAACGCAAGUCUUACAAAAGACUAUACCCAAUGAAUUCUCAGCCCAGAUAGAUCUUCUCAGGGCCGAGAUCGAUGAGUUCAAUGACGAGAAACAGUACGUGCGAACGAGACACCACAUACUACGCAGUUUGAAAUUCGAUCAAAUCAAGGCGAGGCAGGAAGCGAUCAAGGAAAGACACAGAGCGACGUUUGACUGGGUUUUCAGCCACGAUGAUACCCUAUUUCCCCAAUGGUUGGAGUCAGGUAAUGGAAUUUUCUGGGUAAGAGGAAAGCCAGGAAGUGGCAAGUCGACUUUGAUGAAGUUUCUCGUCACUCAUCCGACGACGAGAGUGAAAUUAGGAGUCUGGGGCAACGGCUGCACGACGAUCAUCGCAUCUCACUACUUCUGGAGUGCCGGAAGCUCCAUGCAAAAGUCACAACGCGGCUUGCUCCAGACACUCCUGUACGAAGUGUUGAGGGAGGUUCCGAAUCUCAUCGACCGCGUUUGUAGUCGUCGUCGAUCGGCCUUUCAGCACGAACUGAUGGAAACAUGGGGGAUGGAGGAGCUUCUCGCAGCAUUUGCCCUACUCGCUAGUCAGACGGAUCUCCCUAUGAGAUUUUGUUUUUUUAUCGAUGGUCUCGACGAGUAUACGGAUCGAGCAAAGCGAUACGACAACACCUUCGAAGGUCUUCUUCGAGUUCUUAAAGACUUCGCGUCCUCGCCUUCUAUCAAGAUUUGUGCUUCAAGCCGGCCAUGGGAUGCCUUCCUGGACGCAUUUGGUGCCCAGCCAUGGCAACUUCGGAUGGAGGACCUGACUAGAGACGACAUCCGCCACUAUGUCACGGACAUAUUGUGCAACAACGAUGACUUUACGGCACUUACGAAACAAGAUGACCGUUGCUCUCGAGUAGCCGAAACAAUUGUCGGCAGAGCUCAGGGCGUAUUUCUGUGGAUUUACCUUGUCGUGGAGUCCCUGAAGAACGGCCUCACAAAAGGAGACACAUUCACAGAAUUGCAAAGUCGGGUGGACGAGCUUCCAGCUGACCUGGAGGAAUAUUUCCAGCAGAUGAUCGAGUCAAUAGAGCCGAUAUACUGGGAAAGCACCUCGCGAAUUUUCAGAAUCAUGAUUGAAUCCGGUCAAGCGCUACCGCUUUUAGCCUUCGAAUUCCUCGAACAGGAGGCAGAAAAUGCAAGCUAUGCGUUGCAAAUGAAGGUCGCCUCCACUUUGCCGGAAAACGUGGAAAAGUUACAUGACAGAAUGAAGAAGCGGCUCAAUGCGAGGGGCAAAGACCUCCUCUACGUUACCUUUCAUCCGGCCAAGAGACCAUUUCUUCAGUACCAAGUCGACUUUUUGCAUCGAACUGUGAGAGACUUCUUCAUUGAUCGAGCCGUACUUGAGGAAACAAAGGCAAGAAGAAAGACUUCCCACUUCAACCCGGCACUUUCACUGUGCCGAAUCAUGCUGGCUUUUAUCAAAACAGUGUCAUAUUCGGAAGAAGCGGUUAACUACAACGAGAUCUUUCUCUUUUCUGACGGACUGAUGUACCAUGCUCACACGAUUCAACAGGCAUUUCUCAACAACAACAACGAGGAAUCUGAUAUCAACCCUCAAUGGUCAUCGGAUGACAAGGAGAAUAUGUUCAAUCUGCUUGAUGCAUUGGAUCAAACGAAUACUUCGAAUGCCAGAGACAAGAGUGUCCACUGGACGAACUUCAGAGAAAGCCCAAAGGGCAGCUUCAGAGAGAAGCGACAGAAGAACUUUCUAGCCUCUGCUAUACAAGCGAGGCUAUCAUUGUAUGCGAAGCACAAAAUCGACAUAGAUCUAAAUCAGGUUCAUGAGAAGACUGGCCGACCGUUGCUGGACUACGCUCUGCGGCCAACCACCGUGACCCCUUUUGAGCUACCUACUCAAGAAGGUCCAGUCGGAGCUAUGGUUGAAUUCCUGCUACAAAACGGGGCUGACCCGAACCAGAGAAUCGAUUUGUAUGGCGGAAAGACGACUUGGCAACUUUUCCUUUCUGUCUGCUACGGCCACAGUCUCCAAGCCGAAAAGUUGAGCCUUGAUGAAGAUGAGGUGACAGACACGAUUGUGGCGAUGUUGCUGUCGGGGGCAGAUCCCAAAGUUAGAAUUGAUCUCAAUGGCGGCGGGAGAGCAGAUGUCCUAGGGGUUGCUUUAAGACUGGUCCUUUCUAGGGCAAAAAUUGAGAGAAUCAAGAGCGCGAUGAAAGACAGCAAGCCCUGUCAGCAGCCGGGUUUCUUGGAGAGCUUCAGGUCAUGGUGGUGGAGGUACUGA